CGGACACAGUGUGAGGUUAGUCGAUAACCUGCCAGUCUACCCGAAAUAUAUGACUCUGAGUCAUUGUUGGGGCAAAAGGCUGGGCACCGAUGCCAUCACAACAAGAGCAAAUCUUCUCGGUCACAUGAAAGAGAUAAAACUUAAUGAUUUACCUGCAAACUUUUGCGAUGCUAUUAGCAUUACCCGCCGCUUAGGCAUUCGAUAUUUGUGGAUCGACGCAAUAUGCAUCAUCCAAGACUCACAAGCUGAUUGGGCUCAAGAAUCGGUGAAGAUGGGCCAUAUAUACGACAGCUCAUAUCUCACAAUCGCAGCGAGUGCUAGCGAGGAUAGUACCGGAGGAUGUUAUCGCAGUACUGGAAUAAGGCAAGACAAGUUGGGUGGAGGGACUUUAAUCGAAAUUACAAAUAGUCUCACAGUCGCAAAGGAACAGCCAUCGACUUUGAUCCUUUGGGCACCAAACUUGAGCGACGGCGAUCGUCUUAGAGAACCUGCUCCAUUGGUUGGCUCUGCUCUGAGCCAACGUGGAUGGGUAUUUCAGGAAAGAAUCUUAUCGCCGCGGACAAUUCAUUUCACAAACUCCCAGCUGGUUUGGGAAUGCCGAGAAUUAUAUGAGAUGGAAGAUCGUCUGCCUUUCGUCACAGCCCAGGACACUUUGUCCCUGGCUAUGAAUCGAGAGAUUUCUCCUUAUAGGAUAAAGCAGAUCUGGUACGACUGGCUCAUUGGAUUCGGGUACUCUCGUAGAAAGUUCACUAUAAUGGGAGAUCGACUCAUCGCUAUAGCGGGUAUAGCGAGGUCUCUACACGAACGGACAGGUGUACCAUACAUUGCUGGUCUAUGGGCGAAGAACCUAGGUUUCGGGCUAAGUUGGCUUGAAAUACCUAAGCAUGGAACACAAUAUCCCUCUCAACUAUUAAACAAAUGUAACUCUCGACGCCGGCCGACUUGGACUUGGGCUUCAACUGACUACGAAUUCCAGUAUUCGUUGAGGGUUUUUGAAGAGGAUCGUGACUUCCACUACGUCGACAAUAAAAUGAAGACUCUGGGAGACAUUGACGAUCCAUUUACUAUCAUUACCGGAGGGUGGCUGAAAAUCAGAGCACGAGUUUACGAAGGUCCUACUUCUUAUUUCACCAAGUUAUGUUUGGAUACUAUGGCCCAGCAGGAGGUUUGGGGAGCUGCAUUAGCACAUCCUGCAAUCGGGUCUUCUGCCUUCAACCUGCCGUCAUGGAUGUAUAUUCAAUUAGGACAGUUUAAAAGCCGAACAAAGAGCGGCAAUAUUAUCAUUGAGGAAUCAUGGCUCAUAGUGCGCCGGAUGGAGGCGAGCGAGGAAGAGUAUGAGAGAAUCGGCAUUGCUUACCGAGAGCUCAAAGAUCUUGAAGAUUAUCCAACUGAAGAUCAACGUGUGAAGGUUUCCAGCGAUCCGAUCCGAGAAUACCGUAUCUGCGAAAGGUUGGAAUCUGUGCAGGAUUAUUUCCAGCCAGGAACUGGGGGCUGGGAGGGUCGGCUGGGGCAAAAUAAGAAAUACUUGAUAAGGGAGCUUAAACUAGUAUAAUAGGAAAUGCUGAUAGCGUGAGUUACCAUAUUUAUAUUGUGG